AUGAAGAAGCUGGUCACGACAGUUCCAAGUCUUAUCGAAGGCAUCAAAUCUAUUAAAGUUGAAUUAAUCUAUAUAAAGGAGUCUUGUGAGUACAACACUAGUUCACUUAAAUCUUUUCAAGAUCAAGUCUCCAGUUUGGAACGUGGUGUAUCUCAGAUAGAAAAGAUUCAAAAUUCUCUCGCUGUGGCCAACAAGGAAAUAGCUAAUCUUAAAAGUGUUAUUGAGACCAUUGAACAAUGGUCACGGCUAUUAAUGUUGAGGAAAAGGGCAUCCCCCUAA